UCGGCGUUAGGAACAGAAGUUCAAGAGGCCGCGCUGCUCCUUCUCCCGCAUUCACUGGGGAGUCUUGCUCUGCAAGUGCAGUUGCAGGCGGUUCGGGAGCGCAGCCCCAGACCUGCCGCCCGCCGCUUCUGUGCCUCUGCAUCUGCCACCGUGGGUCCCAAGUUCCAGUGACUUCUGUCCCACCCUCUCCGCUCUGCUCCCCGUGUGUCCUGAAGAAAGGGGACCUGCUCCCGAGAUUUUCCACGGCAAAGUUAACAUGUUGACUGGAAGUGUAAUGUUACAGGUGAUGAUAGCAUUUGAAGACCUGGCUGUGUACUUUACCUGGGAGGAAUGGCAGAACAUGAACAAUGCUCAGAAAAUCCUGUACAGAGAUGUGAUGCUGGAGACCUACAGCAGCCUCUUCUCCUUGGGGCACUGCAUUACCAAACCUGACUUAAUCUUCAAGUUGGAGCAAGGAGAAGAGCCAUGGAUGGUGGACAAAUGCUUGAAUCAGAGCCUUUCAGUGGUCAUGAAAAUGGAUGACCUGAUUAAGAUCAACCUGGAAAGUCAGGACAAAAAUCUGAAUCAGGAUUUUAUGAAAAAUAACAAGACAUCAGCUCACAAGAGAGUUGAAUUAAGAAAAACCCUUAGUUUAAAUUCAAGCCAUAUUCCAACAAUGAUUAUUAAAAAGGGAAUCUAUUCAGGAUUGAAGCCUGAGGAAUGCAAUAAAUGUCACACUGUGUAUCCCCACAGUGGGCCUGAUCAACUACAGGCUGGAGAGAAAUUUGAUAACACUAAGAUACCUGGAAAAUCUCUCCAGUUCUGUGAGCCUCUUAGUCAGUAUGACAAUAUUCACAUCAUGAAGCAGCCAUUUGGACCCACUGGACAAGCAAAAGUCUUCACAAGAAAGAUGUUCUGUAAAUCUGAGAGGGUUCAUAUGGCAGAAAACUGUAAUAAAUCAACUGUCACUUUUGGAAAAGCAACUCAAAUAGAAAAAGCUAUCCAUGAAAAUUCUAGCCUCAAUAUGCAUCAACAAAGUCACACAAGAAAGAAAUUUUAUAAGUACAUUAAGUAUGUUGAACCUGUCAUUCACCAGUCACAUCUUGCAAUAAAUCACAGACUAAAUACAAGGGAAAAACUUUACACAUGUAACCCUUGUGGAAAAUCACUCAGUAUUAAUUCACCUUAUGAAUGUAAUGACUGUGGAAAAGACUUUGGACAAAAAUCAGUCCUCAGGAAAUGUCAACAAAUUCACACAGGAGAGAAAUCACAUGAAUGUAGUGAUUGUGGGAAAGCCUUUACACAAAAGUCAUACCUCAUAAACCAUCAGCAAAUUCACACAGGGGAGAAACUUUAUAAAUGCCUUCAUCGUGGAAGAGGCUUUCUGUGGAAGUCAGCCCUCAUCAGACACCAGAGAAUUCACACAGGGGAGAAACCUCAUGAAUGUAAUGACUGUGGAAAAGCCUUUGGACAAAAGUCAGACCUCAUCAUACACCAGCGAAUUCACACAGGGGAGAAACCUCAUGAAUGUAAUGACUGUGGAAAAGCCUUUGGACAAAAUACAGGCCUCAUCAUACACCAGCGAAUUCACACAGGGGAGAAACCUCAUGAAUGUAAUGACUGUGGAAAAGCCUUUGGAUGCAAGUCACACCUCAUCAUACACCAGCGAAUUCACACAGGACAGAAACCUCAUAAAUGUAAUGACUGUGGAAAAGCAUUUGGACAAAAGUCAGGCCUCAUCAUACACCAGCGAAUUCACACAGGGGAGAAACCUCAUGAAUGUAAUGACUGUGGAAAAGCCUUUGGAUGCAAGUCAGACCUCAUGAAAUAUCAGCGAAUUCACACAGGGGAGAAACCUCAUAAAUGUAAUGACUGUGGAAAAGCCUUUGGACGAAAGUCAUGCCUCAUAUUACACCAGAGAAUUCACACAGGGCAGAAACCUCAUCAAUGUAAUGACUGUGGAAAAGCCUUUGGAUGCAAGUCACAACUCAUCAUACACCAGCGAAUUCACACAGGGGAGAAACCUCAUGAAUGUAAUGACUGUGGAAAAGCCUUUGGACAAAAUUCAGGCCUCAUCAUACACCAGCGAAUUCACACAGGGGAGAAACCUCAUGAAUGUAAUGACUGUGGAAAAGCAUUUGGACAGAAGUCACACCUCACCAUACACCAGCGAAUUCACACAGGGGAGAAACCUCAUGAAUGUAAUGACUGUGGAAAAGCCUUUGGAUGCAAGUCAUACCUCAUGAAACAUCAGCGAAUUCACACAGGGGAGAAAUCUCAUAAAUGUAAUGACUGUGGAAAAGCAUUUGGACAAAAGUCAGACCUCAUCAUACACCAGAGAAUUCACACAGGGGAGAAACCUCAUCAAUGUAAUGACUGUGGAAAAGCCUUUGGACACAAGUCAUACUUCAUGAAACAUCAGCGAAUUCACACAGGGGAGAAACCUCAUGAAUGUAAUGACUGUGGAAAAGCCUUUGGAUGCAAGUCACACCUCAUCAUACACCAGAGAAUUCACACAGGACAGAAACCUCAUAAAUGUAAUGACUGUGGAAAAGCCUUUGGACAAAAGUCAGGCCUCAUCAUACACCAGCGAAUUCACACAGGGGAGAAACCUCAUGAAUGUAAUGACUGUGGAAAAGCCUUUGGAUGCAAGUCAGACCUCAUGAAACAUCAGCGAAUUCACACAGGGGAGAAACCUCAUAAAUGUAAUGACUGUGGAAAAGCCUUUGGACAAAAGUCAGGCCUCAUCAUACACCAGCGAAUUCACACAGGGGAGAAACCUCAUGAAUGUAAUGACUGUGGAAAAGCCUUUGGAUGCAAGUCAGACCUCAUGAAACAUCAGCGAAUUCACACAGGGGAGAAACCUCAUGAAUGUAAUGACUGUGGAAAAGCCUUUGGACGAAAGUCACACCUUAUAAACCAUCAGCGAAUUCACACAGGGGAGAAACCUCAUAAAUGUGAUGACUGUGGAAAAGCCUUUGGACGCAAGUCACACCUCAUGAAACAUCAGCGAAUUCACACAGGGGAGAAACCUCAUGAAUGUAAUGACUGUGGAAAAGCCUUUGGAUACAAGUCAGCCCUCAUCAUACAUCAGCAAAUUCACACAGGGGAGAAACCUCAUAAAUGUAAUGACUGUGGAAAAGCCUUUGGACAAAAGUCAGACCUCAUCAUACACCAGAGAAUUCACACAGGGCAGAAACCUCAUGGAUGUAAUGACUGUGGAAAAGCCUUUGGACAAAAGUCAGGCCUCAUCAUACACCAGCGAAUUCACACAGGGGAGAAACCUCAUGAAUGUAAUGACUGUGGAAAAGCCUUUGGACGCAAGUCAGACCUCACCAUACACCAGAGAAUUCACACAGGGGAGAAACCUCAUCAAUGUAAUGACUGUGGAAAAGCCUUUGGCCACAAGUCAAACCUCAUCAGACACCAGCAAAUUCACACAGGACAGAAACCUCAUAAAUGUAAUGACUGUGGAAAAGCAUUUGGACAAAAGUCAGGCCUCAUCAUACACCAGAGAAUUCACACAGGGGAGAAACCUCAUCAAUGUAAUGACUGUGGAAAAGCCUUUGGAUGCAAGUCACACCUCAUGAAACAUCAGCGAAUUCACACAGGGGAGAAACCUCAUGAAUGUAAUGACUGUGGAAAAGCCUUUGGACAAAAGUCAGGCCUCAUCGUACACCAGCAAAUUCACAAAAGGGAGAAACCUCAUGAAUGUAAUGGCGAUGGAAAGGCCUUUGUAUGAAAGUCACACCUCAUAUCACACUGGAGAAUUCACAUAGGGGAGAAAACCCAUGAAAGUAAUGACCAAGGGAAAGCCUCUGGAUAAAAGUCAAUCCUUUAGAAACAUCAGAGAAUUCACACAGGGAGGAAACCUCAUGAAUGUAAUGACUUUGGAAAAGCCUUUUGACAAAAGACAAAACUCAUAUCACAGCAGAGAAUUCACACAGGGUAGAAAACUCAUGAUUGUAAUAACUGUGGAAAGCAUUUAGCCAUAAGUCAACCUUCAUCAUGCAUCAGGGAAUUCACACAGGGCAGAAACCUUAUGAAUAUAAUGACUGGAAAAGCCUUUGGACAAAAGUCAAACCUCAUAAUGCACCAGAGAAUGCACACAAUGUUGAAACUUCAUUAAUGUAAUGACUGUGGAAAAACUUGAUUUUAACUUCCAACUCCAAAUGCAUCAGAGGAUUCACACAGGGAAAUAACCUUAUAAAUGUAAUGACUGCAUAAAAGCCUUUUUCUAUAAGUUAUAUCAAAACAGAAUUCACACAGGGCAGAAACCGUAUCAAUCUAAUGAGUGUGGAAAAGCCUUUAUAAAUCAUAUGUUGUAAAUCAUAGCUCAUAUCACACCAGAGAAUUCACAUCGGAGAGAAACUUCAUGAAUGCAAUGACUGUAGAAAAGCCCUUGGCAAUAAGUCACAUCUCAGAAUGCAUUAGAAAAUUCACAUGAAAAGAAACCUUUUGGACAUAAUGACUUGGAAAGCUUUUUCCCAUAGUUCAGCCCUCAUUGCACAUCAUCUAAUUCAUAUGUGGGAAAACACUUUGUAUAUAAUGCAUAUGGAAAAGCCUUUAUCCAUAAGUAACACCCCAUAAAACAUCAGAAUUCACAUGGGGGAGAAACCAUAUGAAUGGAAUGAGUGUUGGAAAACUAUGCCAAUAUCACACAAUAUAACAUCGAGAAUUUA